AUAAGGAGGGCGCACUGAGGAGCAGGAAUUGGCAAAGAACUCCCGAGUCUCAACAUUGCUGUUCAGCCGUUACGAGCCCCCCUGAAACAGGAGGAAGAAACAGUCGACCACCGGUGUAUGAAGACAGUCAGAGGCAACUAUGUCUUCAGCGGUGGAUCUCAAGACCAAGGAGGAGAAGGAUGCAGAGCUGGACAAACGAAUCGAAGCUCUGAGGAAGAAAAAUGAAGCUCUUGUCAAGAGAUACCAGGAAAUAGAAGAAGACAAGAAGAAGGCCGAGCAGGAAGGCAUUGCUGUGACAACGCCUAGGAAGCCCCGCCCCCACGAGCCGGAGACGGACAGAAGGAAGACGGAGAAGGAAAACUUCACCGUCACAGUCGACCUUUCUAAACCGAUGGGGGAGAAGAGAGUCGUGAACGACUGGAAACCCAACACGCCUCGAGGCCGGAAGACCUCAGAGGAGAGCGACGGCCACGGAGGGCCGAGCGACAGCCACAGCCCCCCCAGGAGGACGGGGUCUGGACGGGUGGGCCGGGGAGGUCAGAGAGGAGGAGGAGCAGGAGGAGGCGGCCGUCCAGAGAGGAGAGAAUGGGAACCCAGGACACCCAGAGAUGGAGAACACGGGGAGUCAGGAGGUCCUGGACGUAGAGGAGGAAGGAGGAGAAGAGGAGGAGGAGGAGGAGGAGGAGGAGGUGGUGAAGGAGAAGGUGGAGGAGGCGGGAGAGGAGAAGGUAGAGGAGGCGGAGGAGAAGGUGGAGGAGGCAGAGGUGGCGGAGGAGACGGGACGCCAGGUGGCACAGACAGGAAAUCAAAGGAGUGGGAGGAGAAGAGGCGACAGAACAUUGAGAAGAUGAAUGAAGAAAUGGAGAGAAUAGCAGAGUAUGAGAGAGGACAGCGGACGGAUGGAGACAAACCGAUCCGUAACUUCCUGGACGACCCGAGACGUUCAGGGCCGGCACCAGACAUAGACCGCAAAGAGGGCAGCAGGAGACAUGUGCGAAACUGGGGAGGGCUGGACUUCGACAACGUGAAGACGGGCCCAGAACUGGAGAGAGAGUGGACUAGUCGAAGGCCUGGUCCUAAAGGCUCUGUGGACAUGACCAUGUCCAUGACCGGCCGGGAGAGAGCAGAGUACCUGCGCUGGAAGAAGGAGCGCGAGCAGAUUGAUGAGGAGAGACUAGCACGCCAUCGCAAUGCUACGGGCCAGUGGAGACGAGAGUGGGACGCACAGAAGACGGAGAACAUGUUCAAGGAGGACCCAUAUGUGGCUGCAGAGGGCAACACACCCGAGCAAGGCAGCAGGAGAGCCCGGGGCCGUGACUCUCGUGCAGAGCCUCGGGGCAGAGCCUCAGAUGACAGCAAGCGGCCUCCUAGAGCUCCCACAUUUGGCGACUUCCUGUCUCAGGGCAGGACUCAGGGGCCCCGAGGGGACCGAGGUGAUCGAGGGGACCGGGGGGACCGGGGCAGAGGACGGGGCCGGGGACAGAAACCAAGCUACAGCAUGCAUGACAACCGCUGGGAAGGAGAGAAGGAAGAGGAGGACAAGGAAAAAGAGGACAAGACAAAGAGAGAGGAGAAGCCUAAAAAGAAGGAGAAACGGGAGGAGAAGUCCAAACCUGCUGCACCACAGAAGGCGGAGGAGAAAAAUGGAGACGAGGAGGAGGAUGAGGACGAAUGGGAGGAUGCCAGUGAUUUUGAAGACGAGGCCGUGGAGGAAGGGAGCGACUCAGAGCACGACUCCAGGGGCGACGAGAAGAAAGACAAGGGGAGCGAGAAACCAUCCAAGAGCAAAGACAGCUCCUCUGUAUCUCCCGCUCAUCGAUCCCGAUCGGCAGGAAGCCCCAAAGAGCAGCGGACUCCCAGGCCAAAGGUCCACAUCCCGCCGCCGGCAGCCGUUCAGGAGUCCCCCGAGGGAGGGAAGCCCCUCAGCCCGUUCUCCCCGCUGGACAGCCACCAGCCUGUCACGGACUGGGGAGAGGAGAUGGAGAUGCAGUCUCCACGGAGCAGCAUGGGGGAGAGCCCGCUGAAACCUCCCAGCGUGGAGGCCAGCCCGCCCCAGAAGAAGGAGCAGGAGCAGCAACAGGAGCAGGAACAGGAGCAGGAACAGGACCAGGAGGAGGAGCAGGACCAGGAGCAGGAGCAGGAGGAGGAGCAGGAACAGGAGCAGGAGCAGGAGGAGGAACAGGAGCAGGAGACGGAGCAGGAGACGGAGAGCCAAGCUGCCAGCUCAAGUGAACCAGCUGAACCACAGAAACAAGAGGAUACAGCCAUAGAUGUUUCCUCUCCUUCAGAGAAGACUAAACCCCAGCAGACUGUGAUCGUGUCAGAACCAGAGUCGGACCCCCCGGCUGCGCCGCCCUCUGACCCCGCCCCCUCUGAGGUCAGUGAGGCUGCUGUUACGACGGACCAGGAAACACCUGCUGCUCCGUCACAAGACAAACCGGACUCUCCUCCCCCUCCGGCCACUCUGGAGGCCGACCAGAGCUCCUCUGAACCAGCAGGAGGGGAAGAUGAAGACACGGCGCCCGCUGAGACCGACACUGCUCCGGCAGCAGAGACGGAGCCGACGUCCUCAGGCUGAACCUGCUGGGAAGAAACAGACCCACCUCUCAGGAUGGAAACAUGAGAGGGAUGAAGAGCAUCACACUACUCAUCACUGCAGUGACGUCACACAUCGAAACAAAAAGAAGAAAAGACUUAAACCAUCAUGAGGAGGAGGAGGAGGAGGAGGAGGAGGAGGAGGAGGAGGACUGAGCACUGCCACCAUGGACCAGCCUCUCCUCGGCUCUCUGAGCUGUUCUAAAGUCUCUUGGAUCACCUGUGAGCCCGGUUCUGUCUCACUCUGUUCAGUGUAAAGCUAUGAAAAUAAUUCAGUCACUGGUUUUUAAUAUGGGGAAGCUUUAAUCUGUCGUUCUCACGAGGGGGGGAGAUGAACUGAGCCUGAUCCAAUUUGUCCGAAAAGGCCACAUCUGUAGAAAUGUCAUUUAGCUAAAUAUCUCUGGCUCCACACCUGGCCGGCCUCAUUUACCUGUCACCACCUGUAGUGGACGUGUCUUUGUCAUUACGUUAGCGGUGGCGUUUCUACUCUUCUGUAAAGAAAAGUAUUUCAUUGCGUUGAACCAUACAGGACACGUCAGACAAGACUGUUAUUGUAAACUAGAAUUGGAAUAAUUUUCCUGCAGAGCAAAAUUAGAUUAACCUUCUCACACCUUCACUACGGACUCAUCACGGCUCAAGUCUUGAAACUUCAAACAUCUGAUGUGAGCGACUGUGGCGGCUGAUCAUCACCUCCAUCAGUCUCCAGCCUGUCCUGCUCUUUGCUUUUAUUUUGUGGUUUUUAAUUACUUUGUUAGAUUUUACAGGGAAAUAUUGUCGUGUUCAUAUCAGAGCCCACUGAGCGAGAAUACGUCUACAGACACGUGAACGGAGAGUUCUUCAGCUUGUUUACAGGAGCGUCACUGCAGGUAGAGCGAGACGUUUUUAAUGUCAUUGACUUUAUGUUUUACAUCACAGCCAGCUGGGCAGGCCUGGUGUGUGUGUGUGUGUGUGUGUGUGUGUGUUACAGAAUGAUCAUGUGGGUCAGAUGUGAGCGUCUGGCUGUGAGCAACGUGCCGUCGUUCGGCUGACGCUCUCACCCAGAUUAACUUUAGGAUCAGGUGUCUUGCUCAAAGGCACUUUGACAGAACACAAUGUGACUUCUUCUCAUCUCCUCCUCGGCUCAAAAAUCUAUCAGUCGGUCCGUUUUUGCUUUUUAUCAAAUUAUGUAAUUCUGCUUCAUAAUCAGAAAAAAGGUUUUUUAUUCUCAGUGAUUCAGACGGAGCUGUCGUGAUCCUGACAGGCUGUGAAUCAUCGCUUCUUAAGAGAAAACUGUCAUAUCCGUCUGAUACGAGUGCUCCUCUCCCCUUAGAUGGAAACAAUUAUUAAAAUUAUGUGUCAAAAAGGCUUAAAGGAACAGAUCAAGCAAAGAUUAAAUUUCAGUCAGCGUCUCCUCAUCGCUAUGCUGAUUGAAAAGUUUCGUAGCCCACUAAACAUUUCUGGAGCUUCACGGCAAAACAGCGCUGCAGCGUUUUUCACUGGAGACUCAACAUAAAAAUAAAAAUGUUUCCUCUCAGCUCGUUCAGCGUAAACAAAGUCUCCAGAAGCCCUGAGAUCCCAGAUUUAUUUGAAUAGAUAUUAUUUACUCCCUUUGUUUAAGUAUGAACCAAUAUCUGACUUUCCGUUGAAAUGGGGAUGAGUCGUUACUGACUGUGGCCGUGUUAACGUGACAACAGGUUUGCUAAAAAACGUUAGAAAUUUCCUUUGAGUUUCAAAGAAGUUCUGCGUUUAUAUGAAAUCACUGUGAUCCACAAAACUAUGAAAACGCUGUUGUGAGUUCCAGGCUAGUUGUUGUAGAAGUUAAACAACAAUGAAGUAAAUUCAGACAAAAAAAGAUGCUCAGAAGUUUGACGUUUGUGGGCAAAAACCAUCACCGUGUAAGCAGCGGGUUAAUUGAAUUUAAAUUCUUUGGGUGAAAUGUUCCUUUUUAAAUGAAGAAAACAGUCAUUCAACAUGACCGUUUACAGCCAGGAAUUGAAGAUAUAAUUGUCUAAUAUCACGAGAUACUGAAACAUGACUCGCUCCUGCAGUAAUGAACCUUUUUAUUGUGUUUGAACGGACAGUUUGUUUCGGAGUGAAACCGUCACUCGUACCUCAGCAGACCAAAGGGCUUCAGUUUGGUUUGUUUUCGAGUUUUGUUCUCUGCAAACGGCUCUUUGAAUCAUGUUAGUUGUAGCCUCGCUGACUCACCUGUGGUCGUUUGGUGACAAGCAGAUAAAUGAGAUGCUUUAUUGUUUUUGUGUUCUGCAUCAGAGGAAUAAAAAUGAUGCAUUUGGGUUGAAAGGAACCGCAAUAUGUACAGUUUUUAAAUGGAGAAGAACAUUCCAGAGUCGGGGUUUGUGCAGAAUGUAGCCUGUGGGCUAUGGAAACAAUAUUUUGUUUUAUGUUUUCCUCUUUUUGCAUUUGGAUGUUUUUUGUUUUUCUGAGCUUCGAUGACUGAUUGUAUUUAAGGCAGUUAGAUGUUUCACUGUACAUCUGUUUCUACAAUGUCUUCCUGUUUGAUACAUGAACUCGCUCUGAGAACUAACAAGGUUUGCCUUUCUGGAUUGGUGUGUGCAGCUGUUUUCAUAAAGUUAUCAGGACUAGCAUGAAUCCAAAAUUGUAGCUUUUUAAUGUCAUCAAAGCCAUGAAUGAAAUCAAUAUUCCCAUCAGAGAGAGGAGCCCUGAUGUUUGUACAGCUUUCCAAAACGUGUUCCCACAUGAGAUGUAAAGCACACGUCGGUUUUUUGUUUCUCUCAUUUAGCCAAUAAAUGUAUUCCUCUGA